AUGACUUCCAUCUUUCUAACUGGUGCUUCGGGUUACGUCGGUGGACAGCUCCUUCGUGAGCUUUCCAAGACUCACCCCGAGUACAACAUCGUCACGCUUGUGCGCGACAGCCAUGCCGCUGAGACAAUUUCACAGGCGUAUUCUACGGUGCGCACUGUGGUAGGUGAUUUGGACGACAGCAAACUCGUGGAACAAGAGGCUGGACAGGCCGAUAUUGUGCUGAAUGUCGCGUCAAACAAGCACAUUGGCUCUCUGCAGGCUAUUCACCGAGGAUUGAAGAACAAAUCAAGCGCUUAUUUGAUCCAAAUUUCGGGCGCAAGUCUGCUUCCUGUAAAGGAUCUCUCGUCCCCCUCUUUCAAGCCUGGUGAGCCUUCUGACGCGGUCUGGGAUGACCUGGACGGUGUCUCGUCAAUCAAAGAUCUCAUCCGCAGCCACGAGUCUCGCGUGGUAGACAAUUACAUCCUCAAAAUCGCACAGGAAACACCCUCCAUCAAGACUGCCAAUGUUUAUCCUCCUAUUAUCUACGGUAAAGGACAGGGUCCUGUUAAGCAGCGCAGCGUGCAGAUCCCCUCUUUGGCCAAGGUUGCUCUGGAGCGAGGACACGCUGUGAGAGCGGGUAAAGGUCUCGCAGCUUGGACAAAUGUCCACGUCGCGGAUCUUGCGAGAUUAUUCGUUAUCCUUACAGAGAAUGCCGCCAAGGGAAAUGACGAUAAGAAGAUGUGGGGAGAAGAUGGAAUUUAUUUCCCUGGUUCGAAUGAGAUUACUUGGGCCGACAUCUCGGACAAGGUAGCGCAAGCAGCAAAGGAUCAGGGACAUAUAGAUACGCUAGAAGUAGAAGAGCUAUGGAAACCCGAAGUAGACACAGCGUUACCUGCCGGUUCAGUCUUUUUCGGUAGCAAUGCUCGAAGCAAGCCUCGUCGCGCCACAGAAGUUUUGGGUUGGAAGCCAACUGAGACAGGUCUAGAUGAGGAGAUUCCUAGAGCUGUGGCUGAAGAGGCUGAGGCGAAAAAGGCCAAGCUUUGA